AUGUACAACGAGGACGAGAUUCUGUUUGCGCGCACCAUGAUUGGCGUGCUCAAGAACGUCGAGUACAUGUGCAAGCGGGCCGAGAGCAAGACAUGGGGCAAGGACGCCUGGAAGAAGAUCGUCGUGUGCGUCGUCAGCGACGGUCGUGCCAAGAUCAACCCGAGGACGAGAGCGCUGUUGGCUGGUAUGGGCGUGUACCAGGAGGGUAUCGGCAAGCAGCAGGUCAACGGCAAGGACGUCACGGCCCAUAUUUACGAGUACACGUCCCAGGUCGGCAUGGUCAUCAAGAACGACGUCGUCCAACUCAUCCCCAAGCAGCAGCCCGUGCAGAUGUUGUUCUGCUUGAAAGAGAAGAACCAAAAGAAGAUCAACUCGCAUCGUUGGUUCUUCCAGGCCUUCGGCCGCGUCCUAGACCCCAACAUCUGCGUGUUGAUCGAUGCCGGAACCAAGCCGGGUGGCAGCUCGAUUUACCACCUGUGGAAGGCCUUCGACCUCGAGCCCAUGUGUGCCGGUGCCUGCGGUGAAAUCAAGGCUAUGUUGGGCACGGGCGGCAAGAACCUGCUCAACCCGCUGGUCGCGACACAGAAUUUCGAAUACAAGAUGAGUAACAUCCUGGACAAGCCCCUGGAAUCGGCUUUCGGUUUCAUUUCUGUCUUGCCCGGUGCCUUCUCUGCCUAUCGCUACGUCGCCCUCCAGAACGACAAGAACGGCCAGGGCCCGUUGGAGAAGUACUUUGCCGGCGAGAAGAUGCACGGCGCCAACGCGGGUAUUUUCACGGCCAACAUGUACCUCGCCGAGGAUCGUAUCCUCUGCUUCGAACUCGUCACCAAGCGCAACUGCCACUGGAUCCUGCAUUUGGGCGACGACAACCUGCUGGGCAACGUCGGGCGAAUCCUUAGUGUGGUCUUCACCUGGUUGUACGGCGUGUCCCUGAUGACGUGCUUCGUCUUAUCAAUGGGCAACCGGCCGGCUGGAUCAGGACCGUACUACAUGGCCAUGGUUGUGUUCUGGGCAAUCCUCUUCGUGUAA